ACAUCAUUUUGCCCACUGCAUCAUCGAUCUCUGGGAUUCAUCACCAUUCUCUGCUGGGUCUUACGCCAAGCCAAGUGAAGAGAUUAUCUUGUCCUAUAUUGCGUCGAAGCUGUGCAGCCCUUCAGCCCUACUAGUCAACUAGCAAUUUGCGGUCGCAUCCUGUACACACACCCCACCUCGCGCGGUCCUCACCCGUACUGCCAACCCCCUGGACCGCUGAGAGAGCUGCACUCAACUGGAGAUUUCUUGAUAGAACGGUGCAACAGCGCUCCACGCUUGUACGAUCAAGUGCGAUUAUUCAUUCCAUGGUCCAGCUGAAGCACUGCGGUACACAUAGUAUAAGACGACAUCCUGCUUUUUGUCACGAAGAGCACGGUACAAUAGGAACCUGAUCCGGUCACCUCGUGGCGGUCAACUUCGACGUCUGACUCGCCCACCGACUCUACCGAUCCGAAUCGGCUCCCGUAGGCUCGUCCACUCCUGUGGCGAUGGCUCCAUCGCCGGAUGAUGCCCCGGGCCAGGCGCCCCCGGUGCCAAACGAUGCGAAUGGCAGCGAAAGCAGUCCUACCGCCGACGGGCACGGCGAUUAUGCGCCUGCUGCGAAUGCCAACGUCCCAAAGCCCAAAAGACUGGCGUGUAUGAUAUGCAGGAAGAGGAAACUCAAAUGCAACGGUACAAGACCAAGUUGCUCUACCUGUACGCGACUGGGACACACAUGCGCCUACGAUGAAGUGAGGAGGAAGAGCGGCCCCAAGAGGGGUUAUGUGAAGGCGCUGGAGGAGCGACUGAAGCAAGUCGAGUCCCUGUUGAAGACCAACGAACCAGCCACUGCUAGUCCAGACGCUUCGAGAGUGACGCCCCCGAAUCCCUUCGAGUCCCGGAACCAAUCAGCAGCGGCUGGAUCAGCGGCGACGGCCAACUUCCAUGUUGCCACCCCUUCCGUUGCCAUUGGGAAUGACCGUGAUAUGGACCGCUGGCAGUUCACGGGGGAAUCGCCGCAAGCCGGCAAUAUGGAUGAGUUCAACUUUGCCAAUAACAUAUCCAUAGGGAUGAACAAUAUGGACAACAGCUUCACCUGGGAGAUGAUUGGGCUGGGGCUUGAGGAACCAUUACCCCCUCAAGAAACCAUCGAUGAGCUGCAUCAAAUUUACUUCGACAAGAUUCACACUUCGCUACCCAUGAUCCACAAGUUUCGCUACUUGGCAGCCAUGAAUCUAGCUCCAAAUCAACGGCCACCUGUUGCACUGCGGUACGCGAUGUGGACCAUGGCUUGCUCCAUCACGGAAAAGUACGCAGAUCUAAAAGAUCUCUUCUACCAACGAGCUCGCAAGUAUAUGGAAGCCGACUACAUCAAGGGGUACGGUGAGCAUAUGAUAUCAGUCGCACAUGCGCAGACUCAUGUGUUACUGGCGUUAUACGAAUUCAAAAUGAUGUACUUCCCUCGAGCUUGGAUGAGCACCGGGGCAGCUGUGCGUCUGUGUCAAAUGAUUGGCUUGCACAGACUAGAUGGGAACGGACUUGACGUAAAGCAGUGUUUACCACCACCACGAGACUGGACCGAGAGAGAAGAGAGGCGUCGCACCUUUUGGAUGGCCUUUUGUGAAGAUCGCUAUGCUAGCAUUGGGACGGGAUGGCCCAUGACGGUGGACGAGCGAGACAUCAUGACGAACUUACCUUCCUCUGAGGAAGCAUUCGAGAUGAGCCGACCUGAGAUGUCACAGCCUUUGCAAGACGCCAUGACGCCCACCGGAGCUGCCAAGCUCUCGUCCUUUGGUGGGAUCGCCUUAAUGGCCUGUCUUUUUGGCCGCAAUCUCAUUCACUUGCACCGUCCAGAUGCGGAAGAUCGGGAUCACGACCUUAAUGGAGAGUUCUGGAAACGACAUCGGAACAUGGAUAAUAUCCUGUUGAAUACGUCUCUCUGCCUUCCCAGCCAUCUGAAAUUGCCAUGUGGCCUUGGAAACCCUAACAUCGUCUUCACCAACAUGAAUAUUCACACCUCGACCAUAUGCUUGCACCAGGCGGCGAUCUUCAAAGCAGACAAGAACAGGUUACCCGGCUCCGUGAGCGCUGAGAGCAAGGUCCGAUGCAUUACGGCAGCAAAUGAGAUUGCAAGCAUCAUGAAAAUGGUGUCUCAUAUGGACCUCUCAGCUAUGAACCCCUUUAUCUCGUUCUGCUUAUAUGUGGCAUCACGAGUAUUCGUUCAGUACUUGAAGAGUCGGCCAGAUGAUAGCCAAACCGCAGACUCACUGCGAUUCCUUCUUGCAGCUAUGAAUGCGUUGAAGAGGAAGAACCCGCUGACCGAGUCGUUCUUGGUUCAGCUGGACGUUGACCUCGAGGCGCUGGGACAGAGAAUCCCAAAGCUCAAGUCGGCAUUCCCGCGUAGUGCUGACAGCCCCUCAAGCACCAAUGUCGCAGCCAGAAUGAGCAAAAACAAAGAAAAUUGUGAAGGCACAGAGCCGAGUGGCAUUAUGGCAUACCGAAACGAAUGCAACUUCAUAAAGAUCACGGGCGAUUCGGGCAACCCCAUGGACACACCCGCGAUCGUGGAACCAGAAAACCAAAACCGGCCCAGACAGAAUGAUUCGGCAAAUUGGCUCCCGGGCGACCAACGACUGCCGACGCGUGAGCGCAGUUCCGCGUCCGAAGCAUGCGGUGGCAUUAUAGUCCAACCCAUCUCCUUCGACCAACGCCUCACCCCGGGUAACGGCUACGGCGACAGCGCGAGCAGCGGCACAAACGACAUGUCGCUCUCGCCGAACCCGGACAGCCAAUCGAACCGGCCGACACCCAACUCGAGUAGUGCGUCGGAACAGCAGCGAGCAUCGGAACGCACAUCGUUCGAUACUAGCCCCAUUGGUUCGCACCAGGCCGAGAUGGACGCUGCCACGGCGGCAUUCUUCCCAGAUACGAGUACAUUUAGCUUUCCGGGUGCAGGGAAUGGCACGGGGAUGACUCCGGGCCAUGAUUUCUCCAUGUCGAACGGGUGGGAGAUGCCUGGUACUGGGUCCGGGACGGGAAUGACGCCCGUAGCGGAUGGUGUUUUGAGGCAUUUGAUGAAUUUGCCACCUAUGGACGCGAUGGAUAUUGGCUGGGAUUCAGGAGCUUGAAAUAGCUGGGAGAGCUCUAUUAUGAUGUUUUAGGAAUGGGUUACAGCGUACUGAUGCACCACAAGAAGUGCCUGGGCAUCGUGGGAUUGGGCUGAGAUAUCACGCGGAGUUCUUGGUGUACAGGUAACGAUCGAAACGAAACGAAACGAAACGAAACGAUGGGCUAAUAGGAAUGCUGGGUUUGCGUUCGGUGUACAAUAAGUAAGUGUUAUGACGGGGUUGAAUGAGGGCGAGCGCGAGAGCACUCUCUACUACAAUACGAUAUGUUGGAUGACUUCAAGUCCUAAAGUCUAAGUAUCUUAGCUGCUGCCAUUGCUCUUCAGGUAGAGACACUUCAGUCAAUGAACACUCAGGCGAGCUCUGCAAAGUGAAUAGGGGCUUCAACACAACCCCCAUCCUUGGGCCGUUUUGGCCGCUGAGCUCGAGCUUGG